CAACCCAAUGCUAUGCAAAAGAAAAGGAAAAAGAAAAAAAGGAAAAAAAAAAAAAAGGAACCUUGACGCUGGUCGCAGGGGGGAACGAGCGUUUCCUGCCCGGGGUGAGCCUACACGUGGUUUGCUGUGCGUGAGGUGAACUGAUUCUGCUCUCCUCGGUGGAAGACGCGCUGCGUAUGGCGACCUGAAACUUUGGUGACACUUGUUGUUACGGCGAGAUCGGAACUCUUUAACUUUUCUUUUUGUUUUCAUAAAGCCGCCUAAGAAGCCUUGCUGCUGUCUUCAAAAGCAUUGGGAGAAUCCGUGCUUGUCAUGGUUCUUUGCCUCAAGUGACUUUAUUACACGGUGAGUGCAAGCAGCACACCCACCUGAAACAAAUUCUCCUGCAAAGCUCCUUCCCAGCCUGGAAGAUCGGGGCUCACGGACUUCUGCAGAAGCUUCUCGUCCUGGGAAAGGUUGCCCAUAGCUGCUUUAUGGGGCAGCAGCCUGGAAAAGUUCUUGGGGACCAAAGGAGGCCAAGUCUGCCUGCCCUGCACUUUAUCAAAGGAGCAGGGAAGAAGGAGUCAUCGAGGCAUGGGGGCCCGCACUGUAACGUCUUUGUCGAACAUGAAGCCCUUCAGAGGCCGGUAGUGUCAGAUUUUGAGCCCCAGGGCCUGAGUGAAGCUGCCCGCUGGAACUCCAAGGAGAACCUCCUGUCCUGCCCCAGCGAGAAUGACCCCCACCUCUUUGUUGCACUGUACGAUUUUGUGGCGAGCGGGGACAACACUCUCAGCAUAACUAAAGGUGAAAAGCUCCGCGUCCUGGGCUACAAUCACAAUGGCGAAUGGUGUGAGGCUCAAACGAAGAACGGGCAAGGCUGGGUGCCCAGCAAUUACAUCACCCCGGUGAAUAGCUUGGAGAAACACUCCUGGUAUCACGGACCGGUGUCGCGUAACGCUGCCGAGUACCUUCUGAGCAGCGGCAUCAACGGCAGCUUCCUCGUGCGGGAGAGCGAGAGCAGCCCAGGACAGAGAUCUAUUUCCCUGCGAUACGAAGGAAGGGUGUACCACUACAGAAUAAACACCGCGUCCGACGGAAAGCUGUAUGUCUCUUCAGAGAGCCGCUUCAACACGUUGGCGGAGUUGGUCCAUCAUCAUUCGACGGUAGCAGAUGGGCUCAUCACCACGUUACACUACCCGGCGCCCAAACGCAAUAAGCCCACUAUUUACGGGGUGUCCCCGAACUACGACAAGUGGGAGAUUGAGCGAACCGACAUCACUAUGAAGCACAAGCUCGGUGGCGGGCAGUACGGAGAGGUGUACGAAGGAGUCUGGAAGAAGUACAGCCUUACAGUGGCAGUGAAGACCCUAAAGGAGGAUACCAUGGAGGUGGAAGAGUUCUUGAAAGAAGCCGCCGUAAUGAAGGAGAUCAAGCAUCCGAACUUGGUGCAGUUAUUAGGGGUGUGCACACGGGAGCCUCCUUUCUACAUCAUCACGGAGUUCAUGACGUACGGGAAUCUGCUGGAUUAUCUGCGCGAGUGUAACCGGCAGGAGGUGAACGCGGUGGUGCUGCUGUACAUGGCGACUCAGAUCUCCUCAGCCAUGGAGUACCUGGAGAAGAAAAACUUCAUUCACAGGGACCUCGCUGCCAGAAACUGCCUUGUAGGGGAGAACCACUUGGUGAAGGUGGCAGACUUUGGCCUGAGCAGGCUAAUGACAGGCGACACGUACACUGCCCACGCUGGAGCAAAAUUCCCAAUCAAGUGGACUGCACCAGAAAGCCUGGCCUACAACAAGUUCUCCAUUAAAUCUGAUGUCUGGGCUUUUGGUGUUCUGCUGUGGGAAAUCGCGACCUACGGCAUGUCCCCGUACCCUGGGAUUGACCUGUCUCAAGUCUACGAGCUGUUGGAGAAAGACUACCGCAUGGAGCGCCCUGAAGGCUGUCCUGAGAAAGUCUAUGAGCUCAUGAGAGCGUGCUGGCAGUGGAGCCCCUCCGACAGGCCUUCCUUUGCCGAGAUCCAUCAGGCAUUUGAGACGAUGUUCCAGGAAUCCAGCAUAUCGGACGAGGUGGAAAAGGAAUUGGGAAAGAAGGGCAUGAGGAGCGUAGUGAGCAAUUUCCUCCAGGCCCCAGAGUUACCAACCAAAACACGAACGUCAAGGAGAGCUGCUGAAAGCAAAGAUGCCAACGAGGGUUUGGAGACUGCACAUGCUCGAGGCCAGGGGGAAUGUGACCCUCUGGACCACGAGCCUGCCAUUUCUCCCUUGCUCCCACGGAAGGAGAGGGUGGCUCUGGAGAGCAGCUUGAAUGAAGACGAGAGGCUGCUUCCGAAAGACAAGAAGCCCAACCUCUUCAGUGCCCUUAUCAAGAAGAAGAAGAAGACUGCCCCUACCCCUCCGAAGCGGAGCAGUUCCUUCAGAGAGAUGGACGGCCACUCGGACCGCAGGGCGGGUGGGGAGGAGGAGGGCAGGGAUGCCGGCAACGGGGCUUUCACUGCGCCGCCCGCAGAUGCGGGUGACCCCUCCAAAUUUCAGAGCCCGAGCAACGGGGCUGGUGUCACCAACGGGGUUGUCACCGGGAACUCUGGAUUUUUAUCUCCCCACUUACGGAAGAAGUCCAGCACGAUGAGCAUCAGUCGGGGGGUGGCUGGCGAGGAGGAGAGUAGUUCCAACUCCAGCAAGCGUUUCUUAAGGUCCUGCUCAGCCUCCUGCGUGCCCCAUGGAGCCAAGGACACCGAGUGGAAAUCCGUGACUCUGCCUCGGGAUCUGCAGUCCACGGGACGCCAGUUUGAUUCCUCCACGUUUGGGGGACACAAAAGCGAAAAGCCAGCACUGCCUCGGAAGCGGGCAAACGAGGCCAAGACUGACAUCGCUGUCAGGGGGACAGUGACCCCUCCUCCACGGCUGCUUAAGAAGAACGAAGAGACCACUGACGACGUGUUCAAAGACGCAGAGUCGAGUCCUGGCUCCAGCCCUCCGACUCUGACGCCGAAACUCGGCCGUAGGCAGCCUGCUGCCCCUCCUUCCUCCAGCGUGCUGCACAAGGACGAUGGAGUCAAAUCCAGUGCCUUAGGUACCACUGUGACAAUGGACCAAGGUUCUGCUGCCAAACCCAGCUCUGCUGGGUUUGUGGGUGCUAACAAGGCUUCUGAGGAGCCCCGGCUGAGGAGGCUCAAGCAGACCUCGGAGUCGGCAGGGAAGGACAAAGGGAAGUUAUCGAAGCUGAAACCGGCCCCUCCGCUUCCGCUCUCUUCGUCCUCCGUUGGCAAGCCUGGAAAAGUGUCUCACAGUCCCAGCCACGAAGCAGCAGCAGAUGCGGUGUCGGGUCCGAAAUCCAAACAGUUGACUCAGGUUGCAGAUGCUGCGAGCAGCGACUCUGUCAAGCCAAACCAGCCCGGGGAAGGCGUGAAGAAGCUGGGGAUCCCCUCCGUACCAAAGCCACAGUCCUCCACAAAGCUGCUGAUGAGCACGGCAACCCCAGCUGCCUCUUCCUCAUCUGUGCCCUCCGCCCCAGGCGGGGAGCAGCCAUCAUCUACAGCCUUUAUUCCUCUCAUAUCCACCAGGGUCUCUCUGCGGAAGACCCGGCAGCCCCCAGAGAGGAUCGCCAGUGGCACCAUCACGAAAGGGGUGGUGCUGGAAAGCACGGAGGCUCUCCGGCUCGCCAUUAGCAAGAACUCAGAACAAAUGGCGAGCCACAGCACUGUCUUGGAGGCCGGCAAGAACCUCUACACCUUCUGCGUGAGCUACGUGGACUCCAUUCAGCAGAUGAGGAACAAAUUUGCCUUCCGGGAGGCCAUCAAUAAGCUGGAGAACAACCUACGGGAGCUUCAGAUCUGCCCAGCGACGGCUGGCAGCGGUCCUGCAGCCACCCAGGACUUUAGCAAACUUCUCAGUUCGGUGAAAGAAAUCAGUGACAUUGUUCAGAGGUAGCAGAAGCCAGGUCUAAAAAAAAUAAAAAAAGAAUAAAUCACAGUGGGCCAAAGUCAACUGUUGAGAGAGUAACAGCAUGUGUGGACUGACAAAGGACUGGGGUGUUCAGGAUAGGGCUGUGCAAAAGCCACAGGCUGUCGGUGGACGCCCCAGCUCCAAAGAGCAGGGCUGUGCUCAAGAGGCACUUUCCACCCUCUUAGCCCAGUUUCCCUGCGUUUCAUUUACUCGUAAUCAUCUUAUCUGUGGAGUUCCUGCCUUGUGGACUACAAGUCUAAGUGCUGAUGUCACACCAUGCCUUUUUAUUAAUAUUUUAUUGCUCUGGACAGACUGCUAAGACUGACGCCAGACUGAUGGACGCUGAGAUGCCAUCCUCCUCAGGAGGACUUCCUACUGCCUUUUCAUGCCCCCCCCCUCUGCCCCGCUGUGCAGAAGGACGGGUGUUUGAAUAGCAAUAUAACCAGUGCGUUUCUCGGGAGAGUUGCAGCGCGUGCCCCCGAAGCCAACAUCUACCUGGCAUUAAUGCAACACACCUGGAGCUUGGGCGAGGAGGGGGGGGGGAAGUCCUUAAUGUCACUUUUUUAAAUGGUAGAAUGCUCCAAGUGAUGUUUACCCAGUUUCCUCCUGCGAUUCCACCUGCUGCCCUGUGUAUCUGUGUUUUCAGCAUUUUCUUAACGUUUUGGAGCCCAGGUGAGUUGCUUGGGCGCAAACCGUUGCAGACAGCCCCCGCUCACGUAGCGGCACGGGACCUGUCUGCAUUCCCCCCGGCAGCGCUAAAACGGACUGGAGGAGGUCCAAAGAAGGACGUUGCUGUUGCACUCCCGUUACACCUAACGUUACCCCGGGGUGGAGGGUUGCAGGGCAGGCCUGGGAGCAGUAGGCUGGUGCUGAGCAAGGCUUCGCUGCGUCCGUGACGGGAGGGGAUAGCUUAGGGCGAGUUCAAAGACACCGCUGUGCCUCCAGCAGUUGCUUCAGCUGAGCUUGCGCAUCGCGGAUGGGCAAGAACUGCUGCUUCUCUCGGUGAAAUUCCAGCCUUUUGUUAUGCUGUGAGCGGAGAUGGGACCUGGCUUCUGCGCUCCUGGACACACCGGUGCUUUGCGGGGCCGCGGUGCUGCCCUUGCCAGGCCAGCGCCGGGUCCCCUUGAAGAGCUCAGCUGCCGGUGCUUAGGGGUUGAAACCAUCGCUACCUUCGUGCUUCGAUCCACCCAGCGUCCUACAAGGAGCUGUGAAGACUGCGGCCACCUCUCUCUGGGGAGGUCUCCCGAGGAAGCUGCCAGCAGGACUCCUGGGCUUCCUUCCCAAGGUCCUGAAACCUUCCCGACUAAUGCAACGCGACUGGGAACUAACUGUGACUCGUGACAGUAGUGAAAGAACAAGGUUUAGGGCUAUUAACAGUGCAAUUUAACUCUUAACAGUUCCAAACAAGAGAAAGAAAAAGGCAUUUUCUGUGUCCUGUCCCCCUGUAACUCUUGUGGCCCCUCUUGUGUAUCUCAAACACUAACUGCCUUCCAUUGUAUUUUAUUCCGUUCUCUCUGGAACCGUUCGUUUUGUAUAUGAUUUCCUGUAGGUCACUCGUGUGUUCACGCCACUUCUCGCCCUCACAGCCAGCCAAGACUUAACACGUGACAAAUGUUUAAAAGAAACUACACACUUCUGCCACAGGCUGCCUUUAAAACGUAAGGAAAAGAAAAAAA